UCCACUUUCAUCCUCUUCUCUCAAUUGAAACGUCCCCCCACAACGUCGCAAAGAUGGCUGGCACCACUCACGUCUCCUACACGGCCAAUCUCCUCAAGUACAUGUCCCUCGAUCAGAAGGGCAGUGCGAUUGCAGAGUACAUCUGGAUUGACUCAACUGGAGGGGUUCGCUCAAAGUCAAAGACUCUCCCAAAGAUCCCUCCCAGCGGUGAAUUCAAGAUCGAGGAUCUCCCAGAGUGGAACUUCGACGGCAGCUCGACGGGCCAGGCUCCAGGCGACAACUCUGAUGUCUACCUCCGCCCUGUCGCCAUCUUCCCUGACCCUUUCCGCAAAGCCCCCAACAUCCUCGUCAUCUGUGAAUGCUGGAAUGCCGAUGGAACCCCCAACAAGUACAACUACCGCUACGAGGCCAACAAGCUCAUGGAGGCGCACAAGGACCAGAAGCCAUGGUUCGGUCUCGAGCAGGAGUACACCCUGCUCGACAUGAACGACAGACCAUAUGGCUGGCCCGUUGGUGGUUUCCCCGGUCCCCAGGGCCCAUACUACUGUGGUGUUGGUGCCGGUAAGGUCUUCUGCAGAGAUAUCGUCGAGGCCCACUUCAAGGCCUGCUUGUACGCCGGCAUCAAGAUCUCGGGCACAAACGCCGAGGUCAUGCCCGCCCAGUGGGAGUUCCAGGUUGGUCCCUGCGAGGGCAUUGAGUUGGGCGAUCACCUCUGGUGUGCUCGUUUCCUCCUCAACCGCAUCGCCGAGGAGUUCGGUGCCAAGAUCACCCUCCACCCGAAGCCAAUCCCAGGUGACUGGAACGGAGCCGGUCUGCACAGCAACUUCUCCAGCGAGGAUAUGCGCAAGCCCGGUGGCAUGAAGCACAUCGAGGCCGCCAUCAAGAAGCUCGAGGGCCGCCACAAGGAGCACAUUGCAGUGUACGGCGAGGACAACACAUUACGUCUCACCGGCAGACAUGAGACCGGUAGCAUUGAUGCAUUCACAUACGGUGUCGCCAACCGUGGCGCAUCCAUCCGUAUCCCAAGAGAGGUUGGCCACAAGGGUUACGGUUACUUCGAGGACAGACGACCAGCCUCAAAUGCUGACCCCUACCAGAUCACUGGUAUCUUGAUGGAGACAAUUUUCGGCGGCGUUGAUGACGCUAAGAAGGCAUAG